AUGGCUGGGCAACCCACGAACGUUGACAGGGGUUACUAUCUUCAUGGCGGCCCCGAGAGAGAGCCAUCUCAAAUCGGGGAGCCCCAAGAGGAACGCGAGGAGAGCCCAGACAACGUGAUGCAAAUCCCGAGAAACUUCCAAGCGGGAAUUAUUGUCGACGACGAUGACGACUGUGUCGACGAGGACGACUGUGUCGACGAGGGGCUGGACCUGCAGCACACGAUUGCGAAGCGACUCUUUGGCGGGCUGUCGGUGGCACCAAUUGACAAGCCCAAGCGUGUGCUCGACCUGGAGACGGGCACAGGCAUCUGGGCCGUCGAGUUUGCGACCGCGCACCCCAAAGCACACCCCGAAGCACACGUCACAAGCAUAGACCUCAGCGCGAUCCGCCUCGCCAAGUAAAUUUGGGGGAGGAGUGUAGACCUGUCGUCCGAUACCUCCCACAGCAGCCCGUGGCUGCGCGGCGCCGGCCUCAAGGCCCUCGGCGCCAUGUAGCUCGCCAACCAACUCGGCGGGCUGCACGGC